AUGCCUCCAAAAACCUUGCUCUUCGUUGGAGCUCCAGAGUCAAAGGCGCUGAAGUGGGAUGAAGAAGAAUUGUACGAUACAUUCUCCGAACCGUUCAAUCGCUAUAUCGACGGCUCAGAACACACAAAUAAUGUGUUAUUACCGCUCACAUCUACAUCCUUCUCUGGAAUUGCUAUCCCACAAUGGCGUUCAUUGACACUCGAACGUGGUCACCUGACGACCGGAAUGUCACAGGACCACGGCUGGCAGCCCGAAUAUAGAGGUGCAUCUUUCUUUACAGUGUCCGACAUAAACUCAUUCGUGGAGGAAUAUACCCAGAAAACCUCUUUCGGUGAUCACCAAUCAAGCGUCGAAUCUGUGGAUCAAAUUCUAUCUCAAUUCUAUGAGGAGUCAUAUGCUCGACAUGAAGAAAUUGCUUCCUCACAGCUCCGUGCUGCGUCAGAUACGACCAACUCGAGUGUUAGCCAGGCGGAUACGACAUCUUUCAAUUCGAUAGAGUCAUAUAAUGAUUCUCAGCCUACUCAUCCGAAAGAUAUACCCAAGUCUGGUCCCCUGAGUAGCUUACAAGAAUUUCCAAAUGCAAGAUAUCUCAACGCUAUCCAUCCCCAAGUUUUCACCGUCAAUCUGGUUGUUGGUAUUAUCUCAGUACCGUCACCCCGUUCUAUCAGAACUAGACGCGGAAUGAAUGUGGAAUUAAUCGAAACACUAGUUGGCGACGAUACGAAGUCAGGCUUUGGAAUCAACUUCUGGCUAUCCUCGAAGAAUGAUGAUAAUGGCUUGAGAGCCAGCAUCGAGUCUCUACGUCCACAAGAUGUUGUUCUCAUGAGAAACGUCGCUCUCAGCAGCUUUCGAGAUAAGGUCUAUGGAUAUAGUCUCAGGAAAGGGCUGACAAAGGUCUAUUUACUGCAUAGGAGCCGCGUCGAUCGCAAAGAUCAUGGGGGAUGUUAUUCGACAAGCGAUCUUCGACGUGCUACUGGUGGUAUGGAUAAUGCGCAAAUCAUGAAAGCCAAGAUCGUAAGGGAAUGGGUACUUCGAUUCGUUGGGGGGACGAAUAGCCGCCCAAGCAGACAUCAACAAGCUUCAAGCCACCAUGAAACCUUACCACCUGAUACGCAAUGA